UCAUGUGCCGUUACAUAACCUGGCAGCAUCUGACGGAGCCCGCUGGCUGCGUGUCUUCAACGCGGCCGACGGCAGAAAUGACUGCUUGGAAAAGGAAAACCGCGUGACGAGCGUCCGCGACACGCUGCAUUGUAUUCAUUUUGUAUGUGUUUAAAGGACGCCGAGGCAUCUGCAUGUUGACGCAGAAUCACUGCGCACAGACGCGCAUCAGCGGCUGCCGCCGCGUCUCCCGUCUGCGCCCCUCCCUCUCCGACUCGCAGCGUCACCCGCAGCCCACAAAGCCGCUCAUCCGUCCGGAGACGGCUUUUCGCGUCGCCUGAACGGUUAUUAUCGGCCGUCAUUGACGUGUCACCGGACGCGACGCGCUUCGUAAUAAGCGGCCGCUCUUCAUAUUGGCGCUGGGAGGCAGACGCGCGCGUCCCCGGCCGCGAGUAGCCGCCCGCGUCGCCUGCACCAGCUGGAGGCUUCUCGAAGGGCACCGGAGAGCGAGCCGGUGCGGCGGCGAUGUGCACUCCUGGCGGCUAGAUGGAGCCUGUUCCCGCCGCUCGCUGACGUCUCCGCGGUGCCGCUCGCGUCCAGGGUUCCGACGCUCCGCUCCGGCUCCUCGCUCGGCACGUUGGGACGCGACGUCACGAGCUGAUCGCGCCCGACAGAUGCCGCCGCGUUGCAGUCGCGCAGUCGUAGGCUCCGCGCUCGGUCCGACUGGGGAGUGAUGGUUCCGAAGCAAGCCGCUCGCGCGCUAAAUGUUUAGUUCUCACCUCGCGCUCGGACGAACCGCAGCGUUCACUCAGUCUCCCGGUUUGCGUAAAAUGAUACCUGGAUCUGCCGCAUCAAUGCUACCGUCUGCAGAAGCCGCGAAAUUGUACCAGACUAAUUACGUCCGCAACUCCCGUGUCAUCGGACUCUUAUGGGCCAUCUUCACCAUCCUGUUCGGUAUCGUUAACGUGACCAUCUUCUCUCAGCCCUAUUGGAUCGGAGAUGGCGUGGACACGCCGCAGGCCGGAUACUUCGGCCUGUUCCACUAUUGCAUCGGGGACGGACUCUCCAGAGAACUGGCCUGCCAGGGCAGCUUCACCGAGUUCUCCGCUAUCCCCUCCGGUGCGUUCAAGGCCGCCUCCUUCUUCAUCGGAAUGUCCAUGAUGCUGGUCGUCACUUGCAUCGGCUGCUUCAGCCUCUUCUUCCUGCUCAGCACCUCCACCGUGUACAAGAUCUGCGGCUGGAUGCAGGCGGCGUCAGGCGUCUGUCUGGUGCUGGGCUGCAUGAUCUACCCCGACGGCUGGGACAGCGACGAGGUGCGGCGGAUGUGCGGCGAGCAGACGGACAAGUACAGCCUGGGCGCGUGCUCGGUGCGCUGGGCCUACAUCCUGGCCAUCAUGGGCAUCCUGGACGCCCUCAUCCUCUCCUUCCUGGCCUUCGUCCUGGGGAACCGGCAGGACGGCCUCAUGUCCGAGGAGCUGCUGGCGGAAAGCAAGGAGGGAGGCAAUGCCUAAUGAAACGUGUAGGUUCCUGAAUUUCCACGUGUCCAUUUUCACAAAGUCCCCGUCCCUCAACAUCAGCUUCCAGGAUGGAGACAGCCCCUGUCCACGGAGGAGAGGAGUGUUAUUGAACCAGCCAGCCUGCCUUGCUCAUUGACCUGCCAGAGUAACCUGCCCUUCGAGUCCCUCCAUCCUGCUCGGAGCCCCCUCCUCAUAGCCAGCACUUAGAUGGAGCCCAGAGCUAACGUUCUAAUCUCACUGCAUCGACCACGGCACGGGCAGAGACUGUUACUCCAUUCAGACGACGAAUACGGACUCCUAACUACCUAUCGAGAAGGUACAGGGUCGACAUACACCUGCAGUACGAGCACAGACGCCACAACACCCAUACGCGCAGACACGCGGGCCCUGUGCGCCGCAUUCAACACACGAGCAAACUGUAAUUACCAGUAUUAACCUAUGUUAACACUUAGCUGUGCGUGUCACUGUCAGAAUGUGCGUCACGUUUUAUUUGUGCAAAGAAGAAACCGCUUAUUUUCAGAAAAUACCUGGCUGCUGUAAAUCUGUCGUGUUUCAUUUGUAAAGUUUGACAAAGAAAUGAAUGUUUUAGUUUUGUCUCUGGCUCAAGCACCUCUUUGUUCCUCUUCAUUUACUAAAAAAAAGAUAUUUAAGACUAUUUUAUAAGAACAUCAUCAUCCAGAAAAGAUUUAAACAACUUGCAUUAAAACAUGUGUACAGUCAGUAUUAAAUCAUGGUCUAGGAUGUUUUAGGAAUUUUAAUACAGUCGCAAGAAAAAUGAAUGACACUGUUUUUAACUUCCUGGUUUUCCACAUAUAUUGGUGAAUAUAUAUAUAUAUAUAUAUAUAUAUAUAUAUAUAUAUAUAUAUAUAUAUAUGUCAGCAGACACUACUGUAUUUCUACUGACCUUGAUUUUUGUUCCAAUAAAUAAUAGCAAGCUACUCCAGUCUGGAGGCAGCAAAGCAGUAAACCAACAUUAAACAUCACGCUUUGUAUUAGUUCACUUCAAACCUUAUGACACCGAUGAAGCUCCAUCUCAUUUCAUGAACCAAUUUAUGCCGAAAAUCCAAAAGUUGCAAACAGGUGUUUCCGUUUCCCUCCAUCCAACGCCCUGCUAGCUAACUUUGCACAGCGCUUCGGUUUGAGCAGGAGUCUCUCGUGGUCGGUGGCGUCUACACUGUGAUGGAGCUAUUGGGCCUGUCUGCUGCAGGACUUGUAGCGGCUGCGUGACUCCUGUGUGUGUGAGAGGUCGGUGGAUGGGAUGCGUUCGAGUGAGUGUGAGUGCAUGCACGUAGACGAGUGCCAGCGCGGGUUUACCAAUAUGCCAGUCUCACACACACAAACUGGUCCCAACGUGUAGUUCAUCCUGUCUGUUCGGUUUUUGUCCCUGGCUUUCUCUCUCUCUCUCUCUCUCUCUCUCUCUCUCUCUCUCUCUCUCUCUCUCUCUCUCUCUCUUUCUCUCUCUCUCUCGCUCUCUCUCUCUGACUCCCUCUGUUAUCUUGGGACAUACAGGGUAACAUAAUGAAGUGGCAGUAUCAUAUGAAGAGGUUGGUGUGGCUGAGGAUGGAACUCAGUCAUGAUGAAUUAGCAGGGCCUGUCCCAGCCUCACCUGUGGAUAUGUUUCUGUGUAAAUAGAUAAUCUAUAGAUAGCAAACAAUUAGCGAAUAUGAAGAAGGAGAACAAGAGCAAUUCAAGAGAUUCCUUUAAGAAUAUAUCACUUAAUAAAGGUUUUCACUGUAAAA